AUGAGCCCUCCAUGGCUGCAGACCAGUGGCGAUGACUCAGAAGGUCGAUUUCAGGUACUUGACGAUACAGAAUCACAACCUCAAACAACUGAGGAGUGGCGCACAGCGACAGAUGAAGGAUUACCACAGAAGCCGAGUGCUUCGGGAAGUGAGCUACACAGACCUGUGACGUAUAAGAGUUAUGCGACAUCGAGCAGUAGCCACGCAACGACAAGUAACGGUUAUGGGUCAACAGAUGACACCUACGCGACAGCUACCGGCUCGAUUUCAUACGAUUCGUCCAGCUCCGCUGGCAUGCCCACUGGGCGAUAUGGAUACCAUGAAGAUCAAGGCUAUCAGAAAAACUAUCAGGAAGAAUAUGAGUACGACUUUCAGAAAGUCCCUGUCGCUGUACAGGAUUCUACAGUUUACGAUGCCACCAAUGGUCGAGAGCAUAGCAGACCCUCCUAUGAUUACCAGAAUUAUCAGACAAUCAAUGCCGACCCGCGGGGCUAUCCAGAUGGCGACCUGGGUUAUGAUAGUGCGCUGGCUACAAGUAAACAGAGUUACAACCAAGAUCCCGAAUCAAAUACUGUCGAUGAUGCGGCUGAUGCCGGGAUGAAAUCAGCCAAUCCGCAAGAUGAUGAAAGAUAUCGGCGAGAAUAUGAAGCAGAGAGACACCGAAGAAGCAGGCAGAAAUCAUCGAGACAUCGGCGCCGGUAA